UGACUGAGUGCUGGUUUGCACAAAGGCUGAAACUGGGUUCACCUUGUCCAAUAAACCUCCAGCAGACAUGGAGGACGGCAAGGAAGAGGAAAGCUGCGUUUUGUAUCCGGUAUUUUUCUUCGUUCAUUAUGAUCCGUUCAGUAUCAUAAUGGCAAUGACGUCUACUCGUAAAUGUUCCUUUUGGAAGCGAGAUGAAGGCCAGGAUGCAGCAGAUGAUAGAAGAACAGACGCAAGCCAACAUGUGGACGCUUGUUGUGAUUGGAGCAGCGACGCUGGUUUGUCUGAUGGGAGGUGUGCUGUUCCUUCUCUACAGAAGAUACAAACAGUCAAAGGAGCAGGAUGGAGUUCCACAUUAUCGCUUUCGGAAAAGAGACAAGGUCAUGUUUUACGGCCGGAAGAUCAUGAGAAAGGUUCAGACGUUGUCUUCUCCACCAUCUACCAACUCCACUUCCCGGCAGAGGGUACGGAAAAGGACCAAAGUUCUGUCCAUAGCUCGCAAGAUCCUGCGUAUCCGGAGGGAGCCUCCCUCUUUGCAGCCCAAGGAGCCUCCUCCCUGUCUUUUGGAAGCGGACUUGACAGAGUUUGAUGUGCAGAGCUCCCACCUACCAUCAGAAGUGCUGUACAUGCUGAAAAAUGUCAGGGUGCUGGGACACUUUGAGAAGCCGCUCUUCCUGGAGUUGUGCCGUCACAUGGUACUGAUCCAGUUGCACGAGGGAGAGGCACUAUUCCGCCCAGGAGAAACGGAUGACAGUAUUUAUGUGGUUCAAGAUGGCCGCCUGGAGCUGUGUAUCCGUGAGAGUGAUGGUACGGAUGCUGUGGUGAAAGAAGUCUUACAAGGAGACAGUGUCCACAGUUUGCUCAGUAUCUUAGACAUCAUCACCGGCUACCCAGCUCCAUACAAGACGGUGUCCGCCAGGGCUGCCGUCCCAUCCACCGUCCUGCGUCUUCCAGCGGCAGCAUUUCAGUCCGUCUUUGACAAAUAUCCUGAAACGCUGGUCCGUGUUGUCCAGAUCAUCAUGGUGCGUCUCCAGAGAGUCACCUUCCUCGCUUUGCACAACUACCUUGGCCUCACCACCGAGCUGUUCAACACGGACAGUCAGGCGAUCUCCUUGGUGUCAGUAGCUCAUGUGUUGGGAGAGGUUCAUCCACACAGGGGUUUCCGCAGGCAGCCCUCCCACUCUGAUGAGCUGGCCUGUGAUAAAACUGAUCCAGAAAAGAGCAUCCUCUCUGACACGCCCACUUCAAAAUACAAGAAAUCUCGCUCUCUCUCCACGCCAACGGCUCUUUCAGGUGAAACAUGGCUGGAUCUGAACAGAGUUUAUGAACGUGCUAGACUUGCUACAGAUGAAGUCAGUGGUCCUAUGAAGUCAAUUCUGAAGAAGAGUGUAACAAUGCAGCAGACCCCUUCUGCAGUUUAUCACUACAGUGAUGCUGGAGGGGGGAAAGACCACCAUAAUAAAGUCAAUGCCAUUUUCCAAGCUGCCAAAAAGGACCUGUUACAGGUCAUACAGCUACAGGAUCCCAGUCUGCUGGAGGGUCGGGUGACUCUUCGCCAAGUGAAAGCCAAUUCUGUUGUGGCCCACCAAGGAGACCAGGACGUGAGCGUGGCCUUUGUCAUUUCAGGUUUGCUCCAUGUUUACCAGCGCGUGAUCGAUCGUGAGGAGGAGACCCUGCUUUUUGUCACUCACCCCGGGGAGAUGGUUGGUCACCUUGCUGUGCUCACGGGGGAACCUCUUAUCUUCAGCGUUCAUGCUCACAGAGACUGCACCUUCCUGUCCAUAUCAAAGGCUCACUUUUAUGAGAUCAUGCGUGAGGAGCCCAGAGUGGUGUUGAACGUAGCUCACACUGUGGUGAGAAGAGUGUCACCCUUUGUCAGGCAGAUCGACUUUGCUUUGGACUGGAUGGCUGUGGAGGCUGGUCGUGCUGUCUACAGACAGGGAGACAAGUCUGAUAGCACCUUCAUCGUCCUCAGUGGCCGACUGCGCUCUGUCAUCGCAAAGGAUGAUGGGAAAAAGGAACUUGCAGGAGAGUACGGUCGAGGGGACUUAAUUGGUGUGGUCGAGGCUUUGACCCGCAUGAACCGAGCCACGACAGUCCAUGCUGUCAGGGAUUCUGAGCUGGCUAAGCUACCUGAAGGAGCUCUCAAGUCCAUUAAAAGGAGGUACCCCCAGGUCGUCACCAGGCUCAUUCAUCUGCUGGGACAGAAGAUCUUGGGCAACAUGCAGCAGGUCAAUGGACCCCUGGCUGCUCAAAGUUUGGCCCUCCACACCCCCAACAGUAAAUGGGAUGCUGGGAAUCCUGCAGCCAACCUUUCCACUGUGACCAUUCUUCCCGUGUCUGACGACGUUCCUCUCACCGCCUUCACCUUGGAGCUGCAACAUGCACUCAGUGGCAUCGGGCCUACUCUCUUGCUGACCAGUGACAUCAUUAAACAGCGCCUGGGUUCAGCUGCUUUGGACAGUGUCCAUGAGUACCGUCUGUCCAGUUGGCUUGGCCAGCAGGAAGACAUCCACCGCAUCGUCCUCUACCAGUCGGAUUCUGGUCUUACUCCGUGGACACAGCGCUGCAUCCGACAGGCUGAUUGCAUCAUCAUUUUGGGGAUGGGAGAACACGAGCCCACUGUAGGAGAGUUGGAGCGAAUGUUGGAGAGCAGUGCUGUUCGGGCUCAGAAGCAGCUGGUGCUGCUGCACAGGGAGGACGGUCCCCCACCCAAAGGGACGGCUGAGUGGCUGAACAUGCGGAGCUGGAUCUCCCGACACCAUCAUCUGUCCUGCCCUCGCAGAGUGUUCUCCAAGAGGAGCUUGCCUAAGCUGAGAGAGCUGUACCAACGUGUGUUUGAAAAGUGUCCAGAUCGUCACUCAGACUUCUCCCGCUUGGCCAGAAUUCUAACAGGAAACAGCAUCGCUCUCGUGCUGGGCGGAGGGGGGGCCAGGGGUUGCUCCCAGGUUGGCAUUAUUCGGGCACUGAAUGAAGCAGGGAUCCCUGUGGACAUUGUGGGUGGCACCUCCAUUGGUUCCCUCAUGGGAGCGUUGUAUGCCGAGGAGAAGAACAACAGUCGAAUGAGAGUUCGGGCCCGCCAAUGGGCCAUGGAUAUGACAUCUGUCUUUAAGAAGAUUGUGGAUCUGACCUACCCUGUCACUUCCAUGUUUUCUGGGGCUUCCUUCAACUCUGGCAUUAGAUCUGUUUUCAAAGGCAAACAGAUCGAGGACUUGUGGCUACCGUACUUCAACAUUACAACAGAUAUCACGGCUUCCUCCAUGAGAGUUCACACUGAUGGGUCACUGUGGCGGUACAUCCGAGCCAGUAUGUCACUGUCUGGUUACUUGCCCCCUCUCUGUGACCCCAAAGAUGGACACCUCCUGAUGGAUGGGGGUUACAUCAACAAUCUGCCUGCUGACGUGGCUCGCUCCAUGGGGGCCAAAGUUGUGAUCGCUAUCGAUGUUGGAAGUCGGGAUGAAACCAACUUGACCAACUAUGGUGACUCUCUGAAUGGCUGGUGGCUUCUUUGGAAGAGAUUUAACCCUCUGGCUGAGAAAGUCAAGGUGCUGAAUAUGGCAGACAUCCAAACCAGGCUGGCUUACGUUUGCUGUGUCCGACAACUGCAACUGGUCAAAGACAGUGAAUACUGCGAGUACAUCCGACCUCCCAUCGACCGAUAUGGAACACUAGAGUUUGGAAAGUUUGAUGAAAUUGCUGAGGUGGGCUACCAGCAUGGCAAGACACUGUUUGAUGUUUGGCAGCGCAGUGGAGUGGUGGGCAGCAUGCUGAAAGACACACAUCAAGACCACUUCCACAAGACCAAAAGUAGUCAUGUGGUCACCUGUCCAAAUGCCUCAUUCACUGACCUGGCAGAGAUUGUGUCAAGGAUCGAACCCGUCAAGACUGCACUAAAUGAAGAGGAACUAUCAGAAGAAUACCAGACAGACUAUGAUGAGGAGGCUGUGGAAAAGGUCAUGUCCGACUUGGAGACGUUCAUGGCUGGUAGUGAACACACAGAUGGAGAGGAAACAGAUGAGGAAAUUCAAGCCCAAAUGCGACUCCGGACAAAGUUUUCACCAGCAAGUUAAGCUUUAAAAUCCAUCCAAAAGCAUUGCAGUCCCUGCCGGGGCUUGUGCUCGUCAUCUUUGGUGAUACAUUUUCAGCAGAGUACAUAUCAUGAUUGACGUCUGAUGAUCUUUAAAUCAGCACAACCGUCAGUCCCGUGAAAUAUUGACUGAAUUCAGCACAAAGUUUUGUAUGGUGGAAGUGAAGCAGAAGGACGUCUUUGAAUAGUUUCAUGCAUAUACUGUACUAUUUAUUUGUUUUCUGUAAACACCCUGUGUGCAUCUCUUCAUGUCACACAAUUCUACCAAAAGGGAACCUUCCUUUUAAGGGCAUAGAAUAUUUAUUCUGUCGUAUGCAUCUCUUGUAUACUACGCAUCGAAUCGUCAUCUACUUCUUACUUAAUCAGAAGAAAGACAUUAAAAUAGCUUUCUUUUGAUUGUUUUCGACAUUUCAAAUAUCUUUUCACGUAAAAGAUCUGUUUGCAACACUUGAAUAUGAUCAGUGUUAAGUUGGGGUGUCACAAGGUCUUGCAGGAUUAAAACGUGACAAGAUUUCUCAUUCAGAAAAAAAGGUUUCGUGGGCACUGGGCCUGGGAAGAUAAUAAAUUAAUCACAGAAUAAGUGAAAAUGAACUCGAUCAUUUUGCUGGCCUUGCUGGUCAUAUAUUUUUUCAUUGUCCUCGUUCUCGUAGGUCCGAUCACGUGUAUCGUCCAUCUUGUGACACCCUUAGUAUUAAGUGAGGAUUGAUAUCUACAGUAUCUAACAUAUUGCUGCAUCUGAAGGAAUGUUGUCUACCCUCUGGUGUUCACCUGCUGGAUAUGUUUUGAGUAUCUUGUUGCACUACAUAGAAUGCUAUGUGUUCUGUUCACAUACAGUGUUACUAUUUGACAGAAAUGGUUUAUUUAAUGUGUGCAGUUGUGAAAUAUACUGUACAUUGAAUACAGUAAUGGCAAACAAUGCUAUGUUGCCAGAAAACUUACAACUUCAUUUAAGGAAAUUGUUGAGUGACUUGUGUAUGGUCACAGCAUGUGUUUGAUCCGUUAAUGGGAUGUACAUAUGAGUCAUAUACAUCCAAUAUGCACUGAAAGAUGAAUGCUACAAUUAACAUUUGCCAUGAUGUCAUUGUCUGUUAUCAAUAAUUCCUUAUCCACUGUACUCCGACAAACAAGCUGUUAAAAAUGUCAUGACUUUUUCAUAAUCUGUGACAGUAGUUUGGACGAUAUGUACCAAUCAUGAUAAAUAUUUGCAAAAUACGAAAUCCAAACACUAUGUGACAUGGUUGCCACAACGUGACGAACAUGAUUUGUUUGGCUUUGUUUUUACUAAAGGGUGUAAACUUUGGUGGUGUCUGCCAUCUUGAUUCUGGGACCUCCGGCCCAUGUUUGCUCCAGAUGUUCCAGUACACUACGCCUGCUAUCUGGUUAUGGCGCUACAUAUACAAUAUGCCUUCCCUGCCAGCAUCUUACACCCUACUGUGAUGCGCUGCUCUGUGAUGCCAGUGUUUCCAGGAGGCUAGUGGGAACGUUGCUCCAGGUGGUGAAGAUGGUUUCACGGAGGGCGUCCACUGUCUGGAACUGAUGUCCAUUUUGUAAACUUCCCUUGCCAUCCAUCCCCAAAUGUUCUGAAUUGGAUUUAGAUCAGAGGAACACGCAGGAUGGUCCAAAAGUGUGAGGUUAUUCUUCUGGAAGAAGUUCUUUUUCAGGCAGGCAUUGUGAAAUGCAGCGUCGUCCUGUUGAAAAAGCCAGUCAUUACCACACAGACGAGGGCCUUCAGUCAUGAGGGAUGCCCCCUGAAACAUCACAUAGCCAGCUGCUGUUUGACGUGUGGAAAACAUCUCAGGUGGGAUCUCCCUGUCAUGCCAGUAAGGUGAGAAGCCAUCACUGACAAGGUUCAAUUAUUUCUCAUCAGAGAAUAAAACAUUCUUCUACCUUUCAUUGUCCCAUGUUUGGUGGUUUCGUGCAAGUUCCAAACAGGCAAUUUUGUAACGUUUGAAGGAGACGAGGCCUUUGAAAUUUUUUUUUCUUCUUUAACCCUUCUCUUAGAGAUGUCGUCUGAUGGUUAUUGGACUGCACUCGGCACCAGUAACAUCCUUCAUUUGGGCCGAGGGUCGUCCCGUGUCUUGACGAACAGCCAAUCGGAUCAUCCGGCUAAGCGCUGGUGACAUUUUUUUGGGUCUACUACUUUAUUUUUUUGUUCAAUAACCUUCAGGAUCUUGGAAGAAGUUUCAUGGGACCGAGUCCAACCUCAGCAGCAAUGGCACGCUGUGAGAGGCCUUGCUUAUGCAGCUCAACAAUCAAAAAGAGAAAUUUGCCUUCGCCGUCAAGAGAUGGUGACAGUGUGAAUACCUGACAAAAAAUGACAUUAAUUCCACAUUUUUGCCACGAUUUUGGCUUUUAAAGCCUGUGGUCUUAAACUUUUGAUCAGCUGAUGAACAGCCUAUUUCACUUUAUUGGUUGUUUGCAAUAAAUUGCUCAUGGUACUCAGAUUUUUUUUUUUUUUAUCUUACUCCCAUUUCUUCUAUUUGCAUUUUGAAGCUCUACGAAGAACCUCCUUUAAGAUCCAACAGUGUAAAAUGUAAAUUCUUGGAAUUUUUCAACUUGUCUUAAAUAUUGAUCAUG